AGCCGAUCGCUGUCCAUCGCUCAACAGGAAGCAACGCAACCAUAUUUAUAAUGGAACAACUAUAAAACCGACCGCUGCUGCUUCCAUCUCUCCGCCGCCGCCUCCGCUUCCGAAUCAACCAUGGAUGACACCUCCAAUCCCAAAGCCACCAAGCGCCGCCACAAACACACCAGCGACGACGACGACGACGAUGAAGGAGACUCUGAGGUCUGGGCAAGUUUCAACUCCACUUUCCGGCUAGUUCAGUCGGUUCUCGAUAGGAACAGAAAUUUGAUCCAACAAGUGAACGAAAAUCACCAGUCCAGAAUCCCCGACAACAUGGUCAAAAACGUUGCCUUGAUUCAGGAACUCAACGGUAACAUCUCCAAGGUUGUCUCUCUUUACUCCGAUUUGUCUUCUAAUUUCUCUGCUACUUAUCAGCAGCGUAACGUUAAUGGCUCCGGUAACAGUAACAGCAGUGGAAGGUCCUAACUUUUAAUAUAUUGGGUGUGUUUUCUUUCUUUUGGAUUAUUGUUUGUACUUUGGAAAAUAUAAAUAAAUAAAUAGUAUGAUAUUGUAUAAUCUGUGUUAAUUGCCCUCUUGAACUUGAUCAAUUGAUGUAUAUUUAUUAAUUAAUUUAUGAGUUUUUCCUGCUUU